UUAAAUACACAUUUUCUGUUAAACAUGUUAAUUUCACAAAACAUUAAUCACUACCUACAUUGUUAUUUUGGAAAGUUUAUUUUCAUUUUCAGUGAAAAUAAAAUAUCCAAAACAGUCGGUUGAAAAUGAAUUUUGAAAACUGUUCUAAUGGAUUUUAACUUGUGUAAUUUGAAUAAUGUGAAUAUUUUAACAACCAUUUCAUUAUUCCAGAGUGUUUUGCUUGUGUUCUCAAACCAUGCCGUGCCCGAUCCAGUUUCAGAUUUUGAAAUUCUGGGUGACUACAACGUGUAUUAUUCUGUCAACAAAACCAAGGAAGUGCUGAUGAAAUAUUACAACAGAAGUAAUGAGAUCAAAAGACUGGUCGAGGAGUUUGACUUCCGAUGCGCCAAGAGCAAGUUGAAUUUCGCCAAACAUUUUCCCUUCAUUACUGUAGAAUCAGCUUACAGAAGAACCAGAAGUGUGGUGGCGCAGAAGGUAGCCAAGAAGGUUGGCGGAAGAAUGGUGGGCAACCCUCCACAGUACAUGACCCUGUCCAAUUACUUCUUCAACGACACUAUGGAGCUGCGGCGCGCCUUCUACUCGCUGGGAGUCUACGCCGCUUCGUGCAGGAUCAAGGAGUUCCUGGCGACAUCGACUGUAGUUGUGGCUGGGUACUGGAUUGACCAGACCGCUUUCGGCAUUGCGAAAAUGUUUGAGACCCUGCCACCAGAAACCUCCCCAGUCUAUGAGUGGCCCAAGGAUCUCCUCAGGCCUGACAGAGUUUACCUGAUUAACACUGGGAGCAGUCUACCCCCCAUCCCCCUCCACCCGUACAAGCCCAUGAGGACGUACUCAUUCAAGGAUAAGCUGCUGGAGGCCACAGGGCGAUUCAAGAACCCGUCAGUAACCGAGAUAAGCACUACCAAUGAUUACGACGAUAUAGUGAGAAUAUUGGUCCACCUUGUAAACAAACAUUUCAACACCAGCUUCCCUGCCAAAUAAAACAAAAUAUAAACAAAUCAAUGAUUAAAGAUGUGAGACGUAAUAUCCUGUUUUAAAAAUUAAGAAUUGUUCAGAAGUAAAACUAAAUUAUGUGCACAAAGGUAUUCAUAUGUAAAAUAAAGUCGAAGUAGGAAAUUGAAGUAUUCAGUUGUAAAAUCAACAAAAUUGUUAUAUUUGGACUUUGUUUGAUUUCGAAAUCCAUCUACAAUAGUAAACGUAGUGUCGAGGAAACAGAAUUUGAUUCCGGACAUUUGCCAUCGUUCAAUGAUACACUGUUACUGACUGUAUUGUAUCACUAAACGAUGGCAAAUGUCUGAAAAGUCCUGUUACCUCCACAAUCCUUCCAUCGUCAAACACAAACUGUGUUUAAUAAAAUUUAAUAAAUAUAUGGACAGUUAAUUGUUGUUUUCGUAGAAAUUACCGUACAAUUCCGCAUAUGUUAUAUUAUAAUCUAAUAUAAAUCAUUAUUUGAUUUAUUUGAAAAUAUUUAAUAAUCAAUCUUCUAUUAUAUAUAAGGAUUAAGGUACGAUUUUGAAAUUAUUCACAGUUAUGUAACGUUAAUUAAUCCUCUAUAAUAAAAAUAUAUCAAGAAAUAUAAUAAAAAAUAACCGAAACAACUA